UGGACGAGUGUUCCUUCUUUAAAGUCUUUGCAGCAAUAGUAUGAGCUGAGCUCAUAAUUUUUGCUAAAAAUAUUUUUUAUUUGUAAAUUUUUAUUGGUGAAAUUUUGGUAUUAUUUUAUUAAAGUGAUAAAAUGGAUAUUUCUCUCUAUUUUAUAUUUGUCUUUGGAUUUGUAACUUUAUGUAAUGGGGCCAUAUCGGACAUUGUCGAUGAAUGCUGCUCAGCAGGGACAGAAUGGGCUGCGUCGUACGAUCGCUGUGACAACCUGUAUGGAGUGCCCAAUGUUGAAGCCUCCAAGAGACUAAUGUGUAGUCAGAUCAUGGAAGUCUGUUGUCUGAAAUCAAAGCAGAACUCUAAAUGCCAAGAAGGCACGACAUUGGCCCUGGAAGGUGGAAGAUGUGCUGUUAGGGAUGAUACAAUAGCUGCUAUCACGUUUAAGGAAUGCUGUCAAUGCUGCCAGAUGGGCUUAUCAGCUCGCAACAUGGGAAUGCAGUGUACAGCUCCAUCAAUCGGCAAUCCCUGUGACUUUACCUAUGUUAGUUGUUGUGCUGGCUCCGAGUCAGUGAACAACUAUACGUCAGGUGGUGGUGGUUCUGGUGGUGGUGGUGGUGGUGGCGGUGGUGAUAGAGAUGAUGAUGAUGAUGAUGACGAUGAUGAUGACGAUGAUGCAGAUGAAGAUGAUAUAGAUGAGUGUGCAAUAUUUGGCAACGAUCAGCUGUGUAGCCAGAUUUGUCACAACACCAUCGGAUCUUUCCGUUGUGAAUGUCAACAGGGGUACAAGCUUGCAACUGACGGACGGACCUGCUAUAGAGAUGACUGUCCUACUGGCCUAGCAUUUAACACGCUGACAGGCAGAUGUGAAGAUAUAGAUGAGUGUGUGAUUGGACAACACAACUGUAACGGACCUAACGAGUCGUGCAAGAACAGGCCUGGUGGUUUCUAUUGCCAGUGUGAGGAAGGCUUCCAUAAAAACAGGACCACCAACAUAUGUGAAGACAUUGAUGAAUGCGCAAGGAGAAUGGACACCUGUACAUCCUCUCAACGCUGUGAGAACACCAGGGGAUCUUUUGUCUGCCGUAGGAUCAUCCCCUGCGGCACUGGAUGGACUCUGGAUGAAAGCACGCAGGAAUGCAGCGACCAGAAUGAAUGUGAACUACAAACGCACAACUGUGGGACAGGCUACGAGUGUUUCAACAUCGAGGGCUCAUUCAGAUGUAACCCAAAACGCUGCCCCACCGGGACAAGGUUCAACUCAGGCUCAGGGCAAUGUGAAGAGCUACGGUGCCCGACAGGUCUGAGGGCGGGCAGUUCUUCACUUUGUGUGGACAUAGACGAGUGUACAACAAGUGUGUGUGCGAGCUACCAGACAUGUAAGAACACAUACGGCUCUUACCAAUGUGUGGACAAGGUCAACUGUCGUCCUGGCUACGAGGUCGGAGACAACGAUGAGUGCGUUGACAUUGACGAGUGCAUCAAUGGACGGCACGAUUGUUCAGGUGGUGCAGAGUGCAUUAACAGGCCAGGAAGUUACGUGUGCUCGUGUCCUAAUGGGUAUACCAGAACUGGAGGUGUAUGUCAAGAUCGAAAUGAAUGUCAGUAUGGAAAUGUGUGUCCAAGCAACGCCGUAUGUGAGAACACGCCGGGCAGUUUCAGGUGUAAUUGUGACCCAGGAUUUGAGUUGAUCGGCACGCAACAAUGUAGAGACAUCAAUGAGUGUGAUGAUCGGUCCCUGUGCUCCCAAGGCUGUGUGAACAUUCUUGGUUCCUAUGUUUGCACAUGUGAUCCGGGCUACACCCUCGGGCCAGAUGGGAGGACUUGUGUUGACGUAGAUGAAUGCAGACUGUACCAGGGAGCAGGGGUGUGUUCCGGGGAUUGUAUCAAUACGCCCGGGUCAUACCAGUGUGCAUGUCCUAAUGGAUGGAGAAUGAUGGGAAAUCAAAGAUCAUGUCAAGAUAUUGACGAAUGUCGUGAGGGGACCGAUCGUUGUGGUGGCAGCGAUGACAUAAUGUGCUUCAACACGCGUGGCAGUCACAGGUGCCCGAUGGUCAGGUGUCCGUCAGGAUUCUCCAGGUCUGCUCUAGGUCCUAGAAGAAACAGUGUACGCUGCAAGCGCCUGAGCUUCAAUUGCCAACAGGGAGACCUAGAAUGCUUGAACGCGCCUCUAUCCCUGUCGUACAAUUUUCUUACCUUCCCGACAAAUGUUCGAGUUCCAACUGAUCUAUUUUCAAUGUCUGGCCCACAAUCGGCUGAGAAAAACUUUGACUGGUAUCUGAACAUAACAAGCGUUAGUCCGCGUCAGGCUGGAGUUGUUUCUGCUACGCGACAGGAUUUUGAUUUGAAGAUUGGUAGAAAUAACGCAGUAGUUUCACUGAAGAAUCGAAUCGAUGGGCCACAAGAUAUCGAGUUACAGAUUACCAUGCAGAUUACUGAUGUGAUUUCAAGAUACACUGGUGUGGCUAUUUCAAAGAUUUAUUUGUAUGUCACGUCGGCUUCAAUUUCGUAGGACUCCAGUGAUGCUGAUAGAAUAAGAUGAAAUGUUAGCUAGUCUAUAUUUUAUAAUUAUUUUAAUACCCAUUAUGAUGAUUUUGACUCUUGGUGUACAUUAUAUUUGCGCAUGUGGUAUUAAAUUUUAAGCAGAAAUGUACAUGAAAGUGUUUGACUUGUAGAAUAUAAGCAUGUACUCACAUCACCAUGUAUAAAUAUGUUAUCGUUGCAAUAUUAAACAUUGCAAUAGGAAUUGUUGAGUUAAGCUUCAAAAUCAGCCGCAGAUUGUCUAAAGCUUGGAUAUGUUUUCAUAGAAUAUCUUGCCCAUUUAAAUGAGUUGACUGGUUACUAGUAAUUUUUGACCAACUGACCAACCAAAUCAUUAACCAGCAGUUGGUCUCGAUUUCUUGAAAUAUCUUGAGGGUAAUAAUUGUUAAGAAUCAUAUUUCAUUUUUACCAUAUUGAUUGCUUAAACUUGAUUUUUUUUUAACCAAAACAUACUGUUUUAUGAUUAUUUUUAAAUUAAUUUUCUUGAAGACUCUAAAAAGUAAAAAACUUUCUUAUUCUACGUAAACAAAAAUAAGUGAGCUAAGCUUGAUCCUGUUACAAGGGACUUGCAAGUGAUAAAGAAAAUGGGGCCUAAAUUAAAUACAAAGCAGAUUAUAAUUUUCAAAUUAUAUAUGUAUAUAUUGUGUGUUAAAAAUAUCCAUGUCUUGUUUACACCUAGUAAUAAACCAUUAUCAAAAACAUCA